UGAUGAUCAGCGUAGCCCCAGCAGUGCCACCUGUCAGUGUCCAUCAGUGCCAGCUGUCAGUGCUCAUCCAUGCCACCUGCCAGUGCCCAUCAGUGCCACAUUAAUGCCACAUAUCAGUGCCUACCAGUGCACAUCAAUGCCACAUAUCAGUGCCCAUCUGAGCUGCCUAUCAGUGUCACCCAUCAGUGCCAGUCAGUGCCACCUAUCAAUGCCAGUCAGUGCCACCUAUCAGUGCUGCCAAUCAGUGCCAGUCAGUGCUGCCUAUCAGUGCCAGUCAGUGCCGCCUAAGUGUGUGCAUUAGUGCCCAUCAGUGCUGCCUAUCAGUAUCGCCUAACAGUGCCAGUCAGUGCCACCUAACAGUGCCAUCAGUGCCGCCUAUCAGUGCCACCUAUCAGUGACACCUAUCAGUGGCAUAUAUGAAUGCUGCCUUUCAGUGCCCAUCAGUGAUGCCUGUCAAUGCCCAUCAGUGCCACCUACCAGUACCUCCUCAUCAGUG